GGUUUGCUGCAUUAUCUUUCUGCCUGAGUGCGUUCUCCUUCCUCUUGAGCUAGCUUUUUUUGCUGGCAUCAGGGAACUUACUUUCCAUCACCAGCUGAACCGAGCAGGUCCAUUAAUGUUCACAGCAUCCACUUGGAAGCAGCCACUUACUUUGAGGAAGCGUCCCUGCAAGAGACCUCCUGGGGGUUUGAACAAGGCAGCUCGAUAGCGGGGUGUAAUUCCUGCUACCAGAGUUCGAGUUUUCACCUUGAGACACAGGAUUAUCUGUAUUCUUAGUAAGGCGUUCCUAUUUGCCCAUUAGGGUCGUUUCGUAGGCUGACAUUAAUCCUCUUUCUUUAUAUUUGCCACAUAGGAAGAAAUUUGUGUUCCUGUACCCUGCAAACUUCUGGAAUGUAUCAAAGCCACUGUUUAUCACUAAAAUGUAGUGGCGUUCUUCAGACUAGGGUGGAAAAAUACUGAAUUCUGUUCUUUAAUCUUGCUUGCAUUUUGGUUUGAGAUGUAUGCAGUUGUCCUAAAUUUUCCCUAAGCUUCUGUGUCGUUAACUUAGAGAAAAACUAUCAAUUAAUUUAAUCAUAUUUAAUCAAAAAAUAUAGUAUUUAUUUACUUUAAUAUUACUCUAUAAAGUUCCUGUUGCUAUGUAACCUGCCGGCUGUCUGAGCCACAAGCUCGGGGCAGUUCAGCACACUUGAGGCUGCUCCGAAGCAUCGUUCCUCUGUGCGUUAGUCUUUCCAUCAGCCCUUCCUUCCUGGCCUGUGUUGGGGUAAUCUCUUCCAGCAUUUCUUGCAAUGCUUCAUUUUAAUAUAUAUUCCCUUGUCACGGCAGAACUGAAUUCAGCCUCUCGGUAAGUGAUAGCUAAAUCACUGCUGCAAGGCGAGGAUGAAAUAUGGGUGCAUGAGAGGGAGGCAGAGGUUCCGACUGAGCAAGGACUUGUGCAGCAAGAAGAAAUACCUGUGCCGGGGUACAAAACGUGCCGCUUUCCUUACAUCUCCUGCUGUGCUGUUGGCAUGUUGCACGUAUCAGGUAUGAACACAGAUGUUUGCCUCUUGCCAUUCAGCUGCCAAGGAUCUGAUUUGAGUGUGCCGUCACAUUGUGUGUGUGCAACAACUCGGGUGCUUGUCACCCACGCAGUGAUGUCUAAAACCAUGUGGGGAUCCACUGUGUGUGCUCGGGAGCUGCCUGUUGCCAGCAGUGAUGUCCCUGUAACGUGUACAAGGCUGGAGCAGAGCCUCAUGUGAAGGCUUCGCUGCAGGCACGUAUGGUAACGACUCAGCCUCAGGUGUUUGGAUGAGGCUUUUGAAAAGGGAACAGAAAAGCAAAAAUAUGGGUAGGUUGCCCCAGCUGGUAAAAGCACAUUGGGGCAAGCAGCAGUGUCAGCAAUAAGAACAUUGGGUGUAAAUGACCCUGAGAAACCUGAGGAGAAAAUGAGAAGAGCAGAACUAGAGGUGCUGGUUGGCUGCAGGCACCAUCGCGUGCCAGAGAGGGACUGGCUGCCUGGGAGCCUCUGCUUGGGUGGCCCUGGCUUUGCUCCCCACAAAGGGGCUCCGCUCUGGGAGGUGAGCCCACAGUCUUACUUUGUGUCUUGUCUUUGCUGACCAAGCGCUGCAGCCACACUCUCGGCAGGCAGCUGGGCUGCAUCUCCUAGUAGAGAUGAUUUUUGACUUCACUCUGCUGCUCUGGCCCUCUUAAGUGGGUUAAGUUCAUUCCUGGUUUGUGGGACAAGGCUGUCAUCACACACCACAUGCAGGCUGGGCUGAACACGUGUUAAAUAAACCAGGAGCUCGUACAGUGUUUCUGUUAUGAGGUUGAAUCUGAGCCCUUGGAAGAGUGCAUUGAAGGACUUUCCAGCUCGGUGUGAGCACUUUGCUGUUGCUGUAAGAAAACACCUUGUGUGGCAUCGAAGAGCAUCCUACAAAUAUUGUUUACUGCUUUCUGUAUUCCUAUGGGAAAGCGAGCCCAGCCAGUGCAGCAGCCUUCUCCUGAGUUCAACCUGGAUGCUUUCACUUGUGUUUGUUCCUGUGCCGACAUCGUCCCUGAGCACGAGCAGCUCUCCUCUCCCUCCCCAGCAUUUACCUCUCUCCUGUGUUUGUGAAGAAUGAUUGUAUCUCUGCUCGUCCUCGUUCUGCAAGACCGAGUGUGCCGGCCCCUCUCCAGCUGCCAGUCCUUUCAGCAGCCCUUUGCUGCCCAGUUUCCAUCUGAGUCCAUCCCUGUUGAACGUAGUGACCAGCCCUGAUCAAAGUUCCCAGAUAAGAUCUUCCUGAGGCCCUGCACAAUGGAAAUUUCCAAGAAACCUGGCCAAGGCACCCACUGGAGGAUGAGAUUUUCCUUUUGAAAUCCACGUCUCUGCUGCCCUCAGCCAUUCAGCUGGCAUGAGGGUUGCUUAUUCACGAUGAUAUUUAUUGUUGGCUUUAUACCUUUCACUAUAACUUUAUUUUUUUACAGUUGGUUUGUGACACUCCGCAGAUACAACUCAAAUCAAUUUGAAGCUUGGUCUUAACAAAGCCAACAUUUAUCAGCAGGGGAAUCUUCUGAACAUGACAACGUUGAAGCUUUUUGGAAUCCUCUUUUUCUGUGGCCUCUUCUCACCCUCUCAAGGAGUCCUGUCUGGUCUGUCCUGCGCCAUCAGCCCCAAGGCGAUGGAGGAUGUUCUCUCGGAUGCCAUACUCCGGAAUGGCCUCCUCCAGCAGCACCUGCAGGGCCUCGUGCUGCCAAACAUCAUGGGUGAAGGGGGUGCACUGAACUCUCCAACCAUCAUCAGCGGACUGCAUCUUGUCAAGGUUCGGCUCCCCAAGCUGUCAGUACGGCUGCUGUCAGGAAUCGGGAUCAAGAUGACCAUCUCCGCAAGGCUGCAGCUCAGCGGCAACUGCUUGAUUGGCCUCCUCCCAGAACUAAUUGAUAUCUAUGUAGAUGUGAAAAUUACUGCAAACAUUAAAUGCACGAGUUUUGAAUCGGGCACAGUCCAGGUCAUCAUUGAAGAGUGCCUCUGCAUUCUUGGUACUGUGAAGGUCAAGCUCCUUUCUGGCUUACUGUCCUUAUCAAUAAACGAUGUAAUACUCGCUGAGCUGACAACAACUCUGCCCCGUGUGGUGUGUCCAGUAGUCGAUAUAGUCAUCAACCACGCGAACAUCCGGCUUCUGGGCACUCUCAAUGCUGUGAUCCCAGUUGGCAAGGCAGGAAUGAUUCACUACCAGCUGGCCAGCCUCCCAUUUACCUCUGGUUUGUUCCUUGGGAUGGACUUGGAUGGUGCAGUGAUGCAGGUGGGGGGCAGCAUCAUCCCCCAUGAUUCAUCCCCCUCUGCUUUGCCUCCACUGCUGGACAACAUUCUGGUCUUGACACUGCGACAGAGCUUUAUCAACGCAGUCCUGGCCCUCAUGAUCCAGAUAAGGCCGCAGACCUUGCCCUGCACGCUGGAAUCUUUCUCUGGUGCCAGGCAGUUGCAAGAAGCCAUGCUAGUCCUCAUUCCUUCUGAGUGCUCUGUCUGCCGCGGGACCAGUCCUGUGACCAUCAAGAUAACAUUGUUGGGGCACCCAGUCAUCAUCUUAGAAGAUAAUAAAGCCACUGUUGAGCUUUCAGUCUUGAUUCAGUUGUCCAUUAAGCCUUUAGAUGGACCCAUCAUCACCCUCCUGCUGUUGAAGGCUGACCUCCGGCUAAAUGUCCAAGUGUCCAUUACUGGAGGAAGACUGGUGCUGGUCCUGUCCUUGAACAGCAUUUCCCUCUUCUUGGAGUCUUCUGAUGUUGGCAUCACUGAUAUCGCAAGCUUGAAGCCACACUUCAGCAGUCUGAUGGUGGAAGUGCUGUUGCCUCUUCUCAACGGGGCAGCUGGUGAUCAUUGUGUGAGCUCGGGAGCCAUGGCAUGGAGAGGGCUUUGGCCAGAGAAGAACGACCAGCAAGGAUGGAGCAUCAGGACCAGCAUUAUGUACUCUUUUCUAUACUUGAUUCAAGAUUAUUGAUAAUAUUUAUAACACUUCAAAGGUGAUUGGCUCGUGUGAGUACCAAGGUACUGGCACAAACCAACACCUGGCAGGCAGCUCUGGGACUGGGGGUCUGUGGAGAGAGAUCAGCAUGGUUUGGGGGUCAUGCCUGUGGCAGCUGCCUGUGCUGCUGCAGUGGAAUUGUUGCAUCGGAUCUGAGGGAAAACUGUUCUGGGUAUAACGGAGGGGUGACCUUGUUGUGUGUGGCUUUCUAAGAAAUGUCACCAUCCAUGUUGGGAAGGGUAUGGAACGCUGAGCAGGAGCUCAGGAUGCAUUGCUAUGUAACACUAUUAAUA